AUCUCCCGUUUCGAUUCUCAGCAGAUGAAACGUUCGACCUCGCUCGCCGCAUUUAGAUCGCUUUAAAGAUUUUAGUCGCCGUUAGUCACAGGUCGCAGCUGCCGCGUUGUCGUCCGUAAGUCGCGGAGCGUUAAGUCGUUCGCGUCACUUAUUGCGAGGUGGUUGUUGCGGUACGCCUUAUUGCAUUGGCGAUGGGCAAGGACAUGCCUCCCCCUUACGGGGCACCGCCGGCAGCCCCGCCGAGUUACGCACAGGCCGUAGGAGGAGUCCCCCCGACGGCACCUUACAUUCCCCAUUAUUCCCUUAUGAAAGGUCCAGAAAUUUUGACCACAAUUGUGCCGGUGGUCGGUCCAAAUUCUACGCAUAUGGUGUGCCCCCACUGUCACGCGGAAAUAGACACACUCACAAAACCAAAGCCUGGAAAUAGGGCGUACGUUGCCAGUGCCAUAUUGUGUAUUAUAGGGUGCUUUUUGGGCUGCUGCCUUAUACCUUGCUGCAUGGACUCGUGCAUGGACGUGAACCAUACGUGUCCUCACUGCGACUCAUACUUGGGGACUUACAAGCGAUAGAAAAAUCAUCUGGCGCAUGAUACCAAACAUUAUUGGGCUGUAGAAGCUGUUUUCGUGCUCGUUGGGAAAUAUUUACUUAACAUUCCAAAUGAGUUUUCAUGAUUUGUAACACUCUCAGCGUCCGUCAAUUAUGAACUGCCUCUUUGCGGAAACUAGUAUAGUACAACUUUGUUUUAAUGUAAGCUAAUCUUAUUAAAUAUGAGUAUGUGGCACUUAUCGGUUGUUUUAACAAUGUGCUAAUGUUGUCAUUGUUGUAUAUAGGGAAUAUUUUUGUUUUGUACAAUUGAGUUUUUAACAAUUAACUGUUAAAUUGAUUGUUUAUUUACUAAUUGUUUUCGUUUAAAAAAAUAUAUUAAUUAUAUUUUC